GGGUGAGGUAAGUGUCUUAGGUUAUAUAGAAAGUAGCUUACAUAGAAAGGUUAUAGCGAGGGGUUUAUUCUUCUUCUUCGUCUUUUAUUCUCUAAGGAUAAUAGGAGUUCACAGAAUAUGUGUACACGUGUAUGUAGGUCAUAAUAUUGAGAAUACCAUUUGUGAAUGUGUGUAUAUUUUUGUUAAGAGAUAUCACAUAGCCCAUAAGUGUUCUUCAUUUUAUGGUCGGGCCGGAAAUUUGAAAACGAAAAAAAAAUGAUUUCCCAUAUCCUCGCAACAAUUUAAUUACAAUUCAAUAAAGUAAAAAGAAAAAUGAAUUGGAUUUAGAGCCUGAAUACCUUUGCGGCAAUGCUAAGUGAAUUUAGAUUCGCAGUACCUUUGGAAUAGACCACAAGUGUUGUGGUGGAAAGUAAACCAAAAAUAAAAAUUACUGUUUGAAGAAAAAUAAUAAUGUUGGGUGUUGCAAAGGAUCCGUUGGAGCAUACUAGCAUGUAUGAACGAAUGGAAGAGGAUAGCGAAGGUAGUGAUGGAGAGGGUGGCAUGGGUAAUGUUUCUCGCGUCAUUAUCCGGCCACCCGGUGUAAGUGGCAAAGCGAAACGUGGACAAAUUUGCUUCGAUGCUGCAUUCGAGACGGGUAAUUUGGGUAAAGCGAACUUGAUAGGAGAUUUCGAAUAUGAUUUAUUCUUACGACCUGAUACAUGUAAUCCCCGCUAUCGAUUUUGGUUUAAUUUCACUGUGGACAAUGUGAAACAAGAUCAAAAAGUGAUCUUCAAUUUGGUGAAUAUAAGUAAAUCACGAAACUUGUUCAACUCGGGUCUAACACCGCUAGUGAAAUCAUCUUCGCGUCCUAAAUGGCAACGUUUGCCAAAGAAACAUGUCUUCUAUUAUCGUUCACCGCAUCAUCAGAAUCACUACGUGCUGAGUUUUGUGUUUUGUUUUGACAAAGAAGAUGAUGUCUAUCAGUUUGCCUUGGCUCCGCCAUACAGCUAUUCACGUUUACAAUCGUACCUGAACGUUAUUGAGAAUCGUCAAAAUCAGGCUGAAAAGAAAUUCACCAAGAGUGUGCUAACUAAGUCACUGCAAAACCGCAAUGUCGAUCUAAUAACAAUUGACCACGUUACUGGCAAACUGAAAACGAAUCGCAUUGAUCGCAGCUUUAUCCGUGUCAUUGUUAUUUUGUGCCGUUCCCAUGCUAAUGCCAGUCCAGCAUCCUUUAUGUGCCAAGGUUUUUUGGAAUUCUUGUUAAGUAGCCAUAAUAUAGCGAAAAUAUUACGUGAAAAUUUCGUAUUUAAAAUUGUGCCAAUGGUCAAUCCGGAUGGUGUGUUUUUGGGCAAUAAUCGUUGCAAUCUCAUUGGCCAGGAUAUGAAUCGUGUGUGGCAGGUUGCUACUGAAUUUUCACAUCCGGAAAUAUAUGCCAUCAAAAAUAUGCUAAGAGAAAUUGAUAAUUCGGAUUCGUAUCAAAUAGAUUUCGUCGUUGAUUUACAUGCUCACACAAGUCUUCAUGGUUGUUUUAUUUACGGCAAUACCUACGAGGAUGUCUAUCGCUAUGAAAGGCAUUUGGUGUUUCCUCGCCUGUUUGCAGGAAAUGCACCCGAUUAUGCUGCGAACAAUAUGAUAUUCAAUGCUGAUGAAAAGAAAUCUGGUUGUGCUCGACGUUUCUGUUGCGAACGUUUAAGUGAUACGGUUAAUGCCUAUACAUUGGAAAUAUCAAUGGGGGGUCAUUAUCUAAAGGAUGGUAAAACUGUGGCGGCCUACACUGAAGAAGGAUACUAUCGGUGCGGCCGCAAUUUAGCUAGAACAUUUUUACAAUACUAUCGUUUCAUAAAUGUACUGCCAGUUCCGCUACCCACAGAGGUUCGUCAAAAGAAACGUCGCCCCAGAACUCAUCAAUCGAGAUCACGUUCAAAAACACGUUACGAAGUUAAACCACGACCGAAAACAACACGUUGCUACGCACCAAUAUCUUAUACAAAUCUUUCGAUUUGUUAUGAUUCGGGUGGUUCAUCAGAUGAAGGCGGAUUUUCCCCAACAAGAACUGUGGCCCCUGGCAGUAGUCAUUUUAGCGGUUACCGAAAUUAUCGUCGGGUUGCCAGUUCAACAACAAUACCCUCCACAUCCAGUCAACAACAUCAACAAACGCACGAUCAAUUUGCUCUGCUGCGUAUUAAAUCGGGACGCUUCGAUUUGGCUCAUGAUCCACUGUUGCAUGACUAUUGUGGCAAAACUAAGAGUCAAUCGCCAGAGAAACAGACACGAUUUGAGGUGCCAGUUAAUGUGCCACCAAAACCAUAUUUGUCGAUAAUCGAUUUGAACCAAUUAACCAGGGGAAGUUUGAAAAUGAAAUCAGCAAGUUUUGAGGAUUAAACGUUUGAAGGAUGAUUUUAAAGCGAUUGUAUUUCUAUUCUAAAUUUACUUUAAUGCUAAUUAAUGCUUUACAAUGUACAAAUAUAUAUAAUAUAAUGUGAAAUAAAAGCUUUCAGCCACAUUAACUU